AGAGACUUAAAGGGCGCCCGCGCCGCCGCCCCCUCGGCCCGCCAUGCUGCUACCCGUACCGCUGUUGCUGGGCCUCCUCGGCCUGGCCGCCGCAGAACCCACCGUGUACUUGAAGGAGGAGUUUCUGGACGGAGAUGGGUGGACGGACCGCUGGAUCGAAUCCAAACACAAGUCGGAUUUUGGCAAAUUCGUCCUCAGUUCUGGCAAGUUCUAUGGUGACCAGGAGAAAGAUAAAGGGCUGCAGACCAGCCAGGACGCCCGCUUUUAUGCCCUGUCGUCAAGAUUUGAGCCCUUCAGCAACAAGGACAAGACCCUGGUGGUCCAGUUUACUGUGAAGCACGAGCAGAACAUUGACUGUGGGGGUGGCUACGUGAAGCUGUUUCCUGGUGGCUUGGACCAGACGGACAUGCACGGGGACUCCGAGUACAACAUCAUGUUCGGUCCUGACAUCUGUGGUCCUGGUACCAAGAAGGUUCAUGUCAUCUUCAAUUACAAAGGCAAGAAUGUGCUCAUCAACAAGGACAUCCGUUGCAAGGAUGACGAGUUCACCCACCUGUACACUUUGAUCGUGAGGCCUGACAACACCUAUGAGGUGAAGAUUGACAACAGCCAGGUGGAGUCCGGCUCCUUGGAAGACGACUGGGACUUCCUGCCUCCCAAGAAGAUCAAGGAUCCCGAUGCCGCCAAGCCGGAAGACUGGGAUGAGCGAGCCAAGAUCGAUGACCCCACAGACUCCAAGCCUGAGGACUGGGAUAAGCCAGAGCACAUCCCUGACCCUGAUGCCAAGAAGCCCGAUGAUUGGGAUGAGGAGAUGGAUGGCGAGUGGGAGCCCCCUGUGAUUCAGAACCCUGACUACAAGGGCGAGUGGAAGCCCCGGCAGAUCGACAACCCAGAUUACAAAGGCAAGUGGAUCCACCCGGAGAUCGACAACCCCGAGUACUCCCCCGAUGACAGCAUCUACUCCUAUGACAGCUUUGCCGUGCUGGGCCUGGAUCUCUGGCAGGUCAAGUCUGGCACCAUCUUCGACAACUUCCUCAUCACCAACGACGAGGCCUAUGCCGAGGAGUUUGGCAAUGAGACAUGGGGUGCCACAAAGGCUGCAGAAAAGGCCAUGAAGGACAAGCAGGAUGAAGAGCAGAGGCUAAAGGAGGAGGAAGAGGACAAGAAGCGCAAAGAGGAGGAGGAGGCGGAGGACAAGGAGGAGGAGGAGGACAAAGAGGAGGAGGAGGACGACGAAGAGGACAAGGAGGAGGAGGAGGAGGAAGAUGUGGGCCAGGCUAAGGACGAGCUGUAGAGGCUGGGCCGCCUGUCUCCAGGGCUGGACUGAAGCCUGAGCGCUCCUGCCGCAGAGCCGGCCGCGCCAAAUAAUGUCUCUAUGAGACUCGAGAACUCUUCAUUGUUUUCCAGGCGGGUUCAGAUUUGGGGCGGAUUUUGGUUUUGUCCCUUCCCUCUUUUUUUGUUUUUGUUUUCUUUUUUACUGGUGUUUUGUCUUCGAUUAUCACUCAGCCUUCAUCCCUGGCCCUCAUCUUUCUUGAUCGACAUCUUUCCCUUCCUCUGUCUUCUCCUCCCUUCAGACCCUUAGCCUCCUCUCCAGCCCGUGGGAGAAGCCCAGGCCUGAGAUUCCAAUUGCUCUCCUAUCUGGAGCCUAGGGGUGUGUGUGGGAAGGCAGGAGAAAGAGGGUGGUGUUCCCAGCCCUCCAGCACUGAGGAAGAGUGGAGCUCUUAGGACCUGACCUCUGACCCCUCCUCCCCUGCUCCCAGAACUUGGGCCACUUCUGGAAGAGGCAGUGAUUUCCAGAGAAUGUAAACUACAAGCAAAUUUCUAUUAAAUUAAGUUUUGUGUCUC